UUCUUGUUUCAGUAUUUUACGAAGAAACCUUCAAUAACAACAGACUCGCUUGAUAACAAAAUACUUUUGAGAACUCUAGUGUUGAUGAUAUUAGUAGCGAUAAGUCCAAUUCUUAUAAUGUUCAUUACAUUUGGCAUCUUAUACAAGUUAUUGUGUUCAGUGAUAAUAAAAUUAAAGGACCAGAGUUUCGUAAAAUUUUUAGACAGUUUUGAUGUGUUUUGGUUCUUGGAGGGUGAUUCAGUUAUAAAUAUUCUGGGUGUCAUUGAAACUGAAUCCCCGGAAUUGUUGGUAGAAAAUAUGAGACACAGAUUGGAAAACCUCUUUGAAAAAGGAACGUGUGAUAAAAUAUUUUAUAGAAGAAAUGAAGAUUAUGGAUUCUACUAUUGGAGGAAAAACAGCGUUAUAGAUAUGACUGAAUAUGUUGAAAUGUUAGAGAUGCCCGACAAAUGUGUGCUAAAUGAAAGAGACCUAGAAAAUAUAAUGACUGAUCUGUCUAGCCAACCUUUGCCAUAUAACGAUGAAGGUCUAUUCAAAAUUAUUAUUACGAAACAAAGAGUGAGUAAUAAUAACAAUGAAAGAGAAGAAUUUGGGAUAAUAAUUAGAAUUCACCAUUCUGUUGGAGAUGGAGUUGCUUUAAUAGACUUUUUGUGCGAGUCCUUAGCUGAUAAAGGCCAAUCCUUCAAUAAUGCCUUUAAUAUCUCUGAAUUUCAAAAUCGCAAUACACCAGAUGACUUAGUUAAAAUGAUAACAAAAUUAUGUGAAAUUCCUUUGUGUGUUGUUGAUCUCAUUCUAAGAAAGCCUGAUGAAAAUUCACUUCAUGGUCCAACUUUAUUGGGAGUAAAGCAUUUUAAAUGGACGACAUCAGAUGAAAACUUGUUGAUAAUGAUUAAAGAAAUAAAAGAGAAUGUUAAGUUAAACUUUUUUGAUGUUAUCUGUACGGCACUAGCGGGCGGCCUUAACAAUUAUUUUAAUAAGACAAUGACACAUGUUCCAGAAGACGUAGCUGUUAUUGUACCAAUAAGAUUUCCCCCAACAACCGUUGCCAGUGAAGAUCGAAACAAAUUGAAUAACGAUUUCACGGUUGCCAUGUUUGAUUUGCCAGUAAAUGAACAUAAAAAUAUUAAUAAGAUGAAAAGUAGAUUUGCGGAUUUCAAACUUAACAACGAAUAUCUGGCAAAUUAUUACAUUCUAAAGUUAGCAAGUAUAUUUCCUAAACAAAUCCUCAAGCCUAUUUUCUUUAGUAGCCAGGCCACGGUGACACUAAGCAAUAUGCCUGGACCCGACGUUUUGACUGUCUGUGGUGGCACACUCAAGAAAUUAGUGUUCUUCUUGCCUCUGAAAGGAAUAUCAGGUGUAGGAGUAUCGGCUUUCUGUUACGGUGGCGUUCUUCGUCUAGCACUAUCUGUUGAUGCUGCACUGGUCCCCAACGCUGAUGAUCUGGACUUCAUUCUGGAGGGAAUGGUCGACGAGAUCAGGCGAAUGCACGAAUUGUACGCAAAGAAGUAACUUAAAAGGUUAAUGACGGCUGUGCUUUGGCAUCUCAGUAAAAGGUAAUGGAGAUAGCUACAUUAAGCCACAAAACUGUACAAGUUACUAUAAGUAAAUAUUUCCAGAUAAUAAUAAUAUUUACCUAAUCAUUUAACUUACAGAUAAUUAAUACCCGAAUGUGAAUCAAGCUUAAAAUAUUUAACUUCAACAGUGUUAGUGGAGAACACAAAUGAGUGUUAUUUAAG